UGUUUGUCUGGGAGUGAGCAGGCUUGAUCGGUGUGUCUGACCUGUCUUAUCUAAACAGAGAUAAUCCAGGCUGCAAAAGAAAUGACUGUCAUUUGCUCCGGAGAGCUGGCAGGAUGAAGACCCCACCGACCAGCCUCCGAGUGAGGUUACCCGUGUUUGUGUUCGUCGCAGAGGUGGUUUUUGUCAUCCUCUAUGCUGCCUUCGUCACCUACGACGAACACGCCGAUGCCAGAUUUCAGACGAACCGGACGAACCCCAUGCACAACGCGAUGUACGGGGACUACCCGUUCUUUGCAGACAUACAGGUCAUGAUAUUCCUCGGCUUUGGGUGCCUGCUUUCCUUCUUCAGAUUCUACGGCUUUGGGGGGAUGGUUUUUAACUUCCUCACGGCUACAUUUGCCAUUCAGUGGGCGAUUCUGGUGCAGGGGUACUUCCAGUUCAGCCAUGACGGUAAAAUCCACCUCGGAGUGAUCAACCUCAUUAACGCAGAGUUUGCCUGUGCUGUGGUGCUGAUAUCUUUCGGGGCUGUGCUGGGGAAGACCAGUCCGUUGCAGCUCUUGGUCAUGGCUCUGCUGGAGGUGCCCGCAUUCUCCGUCACAGAAUGGGCUGUGCUGAAGUAUCUGAAGAUCAACGAUGCGGGAGGCUCUAUCCUCAUUCACAUCUUUGCCUGUUAUUUUGGUUUGGGCGUCACAUUCAUGCUGUACAGGCCUCGCCUAAAUGAAGGUCACACAAAGGAGAUCACCAGUUACCAGUCUGACUUGCUGUCUGUGAUGGGGACCCUGUUCCUCUGGGUGUUCUGGCCCUCCUUCAACUCGGCGCUGACCGUGAAAGGUGACGACCAGCACAGGGCCAUCCUCCACACCUUCAUCGGCCUGAGCGCCUCCACGCUCACAGCCUUCGCUCUCUCUGCGAUGCUGAACAAAAACGGGAAGCUCACCAUGGCCGAUGUUCAGAACGUGACCCUGGCUGGAGGCGUGACGGUCGGGGCGUCUGUGGAUAUGAUGAUAUCGCCUGCAGCCGCUUACGCUCUGGGUAUGAUGGGGGGCGUCGCAUGCAUGCUGGGCUACAAGUACCUGAGUCCCUUUUUGGCGCGCCGCUUCAGGAUCCAGGAUCAGUGCGGGAUCCAUAACUUGCACGGUUUAACGGGACUCAUAUCCUGCACUGCAGGGAUAUGUGCCAUUCUGAUGGCUAGUGAGGACGUUUACGGCCCCAGUUUGUACGAGAUCUUUACCCACAGGGCACCGGUGGAAGGGGAUCCUAAACUGCAGGAGCUCCAGAUGUUGGUUCCUGGUUUGCAGCCGGGUUUAGGUAGGACAGCCCGGGAACAGGCUCUCUUCCAGGUCGCAGCUGUGUUCUCCACAAUAGGACUGUCGGCGCUGGGAGGCAUCCUCACGGGCUUCGUGUUGAGGAUGCCGUCCCUCGCAUCGCCGUCAGAUGAUUUCUGUUUUGAUGAUGAACCGUUUUUUGAGGUUCCUCCAGACUAUGGCGCACCACUUAAACUUAAUAACACAAUUACACACGAGGACUCUGCUGCCUGACGUACAACAGACAAAUACUGUCAACUCUCUAUACUGGAAAAAUGGAGGAACAAAUGUAAAUAAGUGUUUAUUCUUUGUAAGUAGUGGAAUUAGACUUGAUAUUGCAACACACUGUCUAAUACAGCUGGUAAUUGUGCUAUUUAUUGCCCUAAAUGCAAACAUCAAAAGAAACUGAGUGUGAGGAUGUUCAUAUUUGCAAUGUGAAAUAAACUCAUUUUUAACCUUU